AUGUCAUCCCUCGAUGCGAAAGUGGAGCAGUGGCUGGCGUGGGACCGCGAUCCGGCGACGCGUCAGGUCAUCGAAUCCCUGGCAGCCAAGAAGGACACGGCGGAGCUGCGACGCCGCCUUGAGACGCGCAUGAAGUUCAGCACCGCCGGCCUGCGAUCCACCAUGGGGGCCGGAAACGCUCACAUGAAUCGUCUCACGGUGCUGCAGACGGCGCAGGGGCUGGCGGCGUACGUGAAGCAACAGUUUGCCCCCGCGGAGCUCUCGCGCGGCAUAGUCAUCGGCUACGAUGGGCGGCACCACAGCCGCGAGUUCGGUGAGAUCACAGCCACUGUCAUGCAUCAGCAGGGCAUCAAGACGUACUUGUACCGCGACUGCAUCCCCACACCGUUUGUGCCGUACGGCGUCAGGUUCUUGAAAGCAUUAGCCGGGGUGAUGGUGACGGCCAGCCACAACCCCAAGGCGUACAAUGGCUUAAAGGUGUAUUGGUCGAACGGGGCUCAGAUUGUCGCUCCGCUAGAUGCAUCGAUCGCCGCCAGCAUCGACGCGAACCUCACUCCUCUCGAGUCUUCGUGGGCCCCGUUCGCCGCGGCCGACCACGUGGACCCGUACGACGACGUUUUCGCAGACUACUUCGCCACGCUGCGUUCCUCCUACGCCCCGGCCAGCGACGCGUCCUCCGUGCGCUUCACCUUCACUGCCAUGCACGGUGUAGGGACCCGUUUCACGAGGUAUGGGCUUCGGCACGUGUUGGGGCUUCCUGCGUCGCACCUCAGCGUCGUGGCAGAGCAAGCCGAGCCGAACCCGGACUUCCCUACCGUGCGCUUCCCCAAUCCGGAGGAGGGCAAGUCGGCGUUAGCCUUGUCCUUUGGAACUGCAGAGACCCACGGCGCCACCGUCGUGCUGGCAAACGACCCGGAUGCUGACCGCCUGGCCGUGGCGGAGCGCCUUCCCAAUGAGGAGGGGUGGCACAUAUUGACGGGCAACGAGAUCGGUGCACUGCUGGGGUGGUGGGCGCUGGAGCGAGCGCGGCGGCAGGGCAUCGCGCUCGAGCGCUGCUUGCUGAUAUCGACUGUAGUCAGCUCGUGCAUCCUCAAGACAAUGGCGGCCAGGGAGGGGGCGCAGUACUCGGAGACAUUGACGGGCUUCAAGUUUAUGGGCAACAAGGCACUGGAGCGGAAGGCGUCGGAAGGGUUGCAGACGCUCUUUGCGUACGAGGAGGCGAUUGGGUUCAUGUGGGGCGAGCGGGUGAUGGACAAAGACGGCGUGACGGCUGCGGUUGUUGUCGCCGACCUCGCCUGCUACCUCUGGAAGGAGAGACAGUGCUCGCUGGUGGAGUACCUGCAGAACUUGUACCGGCAGUACGGCUACCAUUUCACGUACAGCUCGUACAUGACGAUAGAUGACCCGUCACGGACAAAGGCGCUCUUGCAGAGCAUCCGCACUGCGGCGUCAGGGGAGUACCCCUCUCAGGUGGCGGGGCGGCCAGUGACGCGCGUGGUAGACCUCGCGGCGCAAGUUGACACGGCUGCCCCGUCUCGACGGCCGUCUCUCGGCAAGACGCCAAUGAUCACCUUGCACGUGGACGGCGGCAUAAGCAUCACCAUUCGAGGCAGCGGCACGGAGCCGAAGGUCAAGUGGUACGCCGAGCUGGUGAGCACGGACGCGGCGGGACAGCAGGUGCUGAACGCGUUCGUGGCAAAGGCUGUGACUGAACUUAUGCAGCCGCACAAGUUCGGCCUCGUCAUGCGCCCCGAAGACGCGGAGGUGUUUAGUAAGCUCUAG